UUUCCCCCAACUCUCUGAAAAAGCUUCAACAACAGCUAGCCUCCAUAUAUUUCACAUUCCCAAAACACCCUCAGCGUCCCAUCAAAUUUUCAACUCCAUACCCUUCAAUGCAGCAAAACAAAAACACCACCAUUUUUGCAUAAAAACUCAGAGCUUUUCUUUAGCUAAGCGGAAACUGGCCCAAUAAUGGCACAUGAGCACGAAGAAGAACUGUCUUUAUUGUCUGUAAAAAACAAUGGUGAUCAGUCUUGGAGGUUAAAUUUUGAUGGGCAUCAGUUAUCUACAGAGUAUAAUAAAGAGAAACAUUUGCCUCCCAAUUUCCAUAAUUGUCUUGGGGUUUUACGUCCAGAAGAUGAUGUUGCAGAAUACUAUCAGCAGCAGGUGGAAAUGCUCGAGGGAUUUACGGAAAUGGACGCCUUGGCUGAGCGUGGCUUUAUUCCUGGAAUGUCGAAGGAGGAGCAAGAACAUUUAGCGAGAAGUGAGACCUUUGCGAUUCGAAUAUCAAAUAUUGCUAAUAUGGUUCUUUUUGUUGCUAAGGUGUAUGCAUCUGUCAGAAGUGGUUCAUUGGCCAUUAUAGCUUCCACUUUGGACUCUUUGCUUGACCUUUUAUCCGGUUUCAUCCUAUGGUUCACUGCAUUCACAAUGCAAACACCUAGUCCUUAUCAAUAUCCUAUUGGAAAGAAGCGCAUGCAGCCAUUGGGAAUUCUUGUUUUUGCCUCUGUUAUGGCAACUCUGGGACUUCAGAUAAUCUUGGAAUCAUUGCGUGCAUUGUUAUAUGAUGAUAGUCAAUUUGAUUUGACAAAAGAGCAAGAACGUUGGGUCGUGGGCAUAAUGCUUUCUGUCACUUUGGUAAAACUUCUUCUGAUGGUUUAUUGCCGCACCUUCACUAAUGAGAUUGUCAAAGCUUACGCCCAGGAUCACUUUUUCGAUGUUAUUACAAACAUUAUUGGCCUAAUUGCUGCACUCCUUGCUAGCUACAUGGAAGGAUGGAUGGAUCCCGUUGGGGCAAUAAUUCUGGCCCUUUACACCAUUCGCACAUGGUCGAUGACAGUGUUAGAAAAUGUGAAUUCUCUUGUCGGAAAAUCAGCUACUCCAGACUAUCUGAAAAAACUCACAUACCUUUGUUGGAACCAUCACAAGGCGGUUCGACACAUCGAUACAGUUCGAGCUUACACCUUCGGAUCUCACUACUUCGUGGAAGUUGACAUUGUUCUACCCGCUAGCAUGCCCUUGCAAGAGGCUCAUGAUAUCGGAGAAUCCUUACAGGAGAAGCUAGAGCUGCUGCCGGAGAUUGAGCGAGCUUUUGUUCAUCUUGAUUAUGAGUACACACACAAGCCUGAGCAUGCGCAGUCCUAAGCAUAGUAAGAAGUAAAAUUUAAUAUGUUUUUUGCUAUGUUCUUUUGGUUUUCUUCCGAGUAGCUUAGGCUGUACGUAAGCAAGUUGAUUGAAAAUUAUCAUAUGCAGAUGAUUGUUGAUUGUAAAUUUCACUAAUGCUCAGUUCAAAAUUUAGUAUUGGUGGCA